AUGCUGGCAAAGAGGGAGAGACGAGGGGUGGAAUCUGUGUCUGAGCUGGCAGGCUGGCACAGUUACCAUGGCACAAAUAGCCCGGGCACCGAGGAGAACUGCAGCAAAACUGCAGGGCGCGCAAGGGAAGGAGCGAGUGGAGGAGAUUGGGGCAAUGCGGAGCCUGCUAUGUACGUGUCCCUGUUCCCGUCCCCAGACCCAGACUCAGACAGCCAGCGAGUCAGCACGCCGUCAGGGACACACAGAUGGUUCGCUCCUAGAUCUCAGCCCAGACUGCCUGACGUCCCGUUAUCUGACCACUAUCAGCCAGACUCCAUGACACAAGACCCCGGAGAACAGCAGGCGCCCACCAAGAGGUCCGGCAUCAGUCAGCAUGGCACAAAUGGCCACAUCUCCCAGAUCCCUGGACUGUCCCCAAGCAUCAGCAGCCUGCAUGAGGAGAGGGCUCGGGGGCGGAGGGUUGGGGUCUUGGACAGUGAUUCUGACUAUAUCAAGCUUGCAAAACAAGGAGGGCACAAGGGACUUUUGUGGCAUGAGGACACAGUUGCUGCUACACCUAAAUCAUACAAACCAUCUGACUGGUUCUCUGCAGCAGGAGGCAUCGAUGACCCAAGUCUAAUUAACAGUGCAGAGAAGAAAAACCCUGCAGCUUUUCAACCGCUAGAGCCCCCUUUUGGGACUGACAAUAUGUCAGCCUGGGAGAGGGAUGAUAACAGCAGCAGUGGCAAAGAGAAGAACAACAAUGCACAAAACAGUGAGAUGGAGGAAUUGCAGGCAUCCAGUCAAUUCCAUGAGACCAGCAAGUUUAGGAGGAUAGUUUUUGACAAGAAACCAGCUCCUGUCGACAUGUCUAAAUUGUUGAGCUUUGGCUACCUCGAAGAUGACAAACCAAAAACUGCCAACAGUGAUUUGUCAAGUGAGUAGCAUAAUGUGUAAGUGGCAAUCUUUCUUCAGGUCACAGUGAACAUCAAAUGGAGCCAAGCUGUUGUAGUGAUUUUACAGAUUUCAAUAAUGGCAUAUCACAAAACGAUUUAUAAAAAUGUUAGUGUUAAGCUUUAAAACUGCAGUUAUUUAGAAUUAAUUAGACCUUCUUCGCAGUGUGAUGCAGAACAAAUCAGUGAAUGUUACUGACUCUGUCAUCAGAUUAGAAGAUGGCCAGUGGUUGGAGAAGGAUGUCCAAAAAGAAAAAGCUGCCAUCCUGACCUCAAACACCGGUUUUCUUACCCUAUGCUGAGCCUCAUGUUGUUUUUGCUGAGUUUUUCUUUUUCUGGUAUGCCAGCUGUUUUGAUUAACUGAGUUUAAAAUGAUUGUGAUAUCUUAUUAACUACACUUUUGAGGUAA